CGUUUUGUAUGUUAAUUUUCGAUUGGCAACAUCGUUCAGAAGUGUCACUUAUCUCUGUACAUAUUGCAUAUACGUGUUGUUUUUUUUUUGGAGUCUGCAGCCGGGUUGGUGUUUUGUCGGGCCCCGCGGUUUAGGAAAUCCAAUUGAACAGCCGGAAAGAUGGGGGCACCGAAAUUGGAUGAUCUGAUCCAAUCAGUCGGGCUGUACACAUUUAAAAAACCAAUACUACAUUAUUACAUGUUACCAUUCAUUAUAUUAGUGGCUGCAUGGAUUUAUGGAUGGUGUGCAAUUUAUGGAUUUUGGGAGUUCUAUGAGGGUGGCUGUUUGGGACUGGUGGUGAUAUUUUUCUUACAGAUUUUGAGCUGCCUUGCUUGCAGCUGGUCUGUACAUGUCACAUGUUGGAUGAAAUGCAACCGGGAACAAGAUCCACUGAAAGCCACAGUGGUCAAAGUCAUCCCAACAGCCAAUAAUGGUAAUUCAGAGUUAGUGAAGCUUGAGCAUUCCAAGUCUGAAAAGGGAACUACUAUAUGGUUCAUAUUCCAAAAGACUAAAUAUAUUUAUAAUGAAGACAAAAAGACAUUUAGAAGUUUUGAAUUUGCACCUCAUAAAUUGUAUUCUGAAUAUAUGAGCUGCAAAGGAUUCCAAGAAGAUGGCGAUGUUAAAGAAGCGGAGGAAUUGUACGGUCGUAACUUUUUGGAUAUGGCUGUUCCCGAAUUUAUGGAGCUUUUUAAAGAGAGAGCCACAGCCCCGUUUUUCGUAUUCCAAGUAUUUUGCGUGUGUCUCUGGUGCAUGGACAAAUAUUGGUAUUAUUCGAUAUUCACUCUGAUUAUGUUAGUGAUGUUUGAAUGCACCUUGGUCCAUCAGCAGCUUAGAAACAUGGCUGAGAUUAGAAAAAUGGGUAAUAAACCAUACAACAUUCUGGUUUACAGAAAUAGACGUUGGCGACAAAUAAGCACAGAUGAAUUGAUUCCUGGCGAUAUUAUUUCCAUAACCAGGUCUCAAAACGAUAACUUCGUUCCUUGCGAUGUUUUAUUACUGAGGGGACCUUGCAUUGUAGAUGAGAGCAUGUUGACUGGUGAAUCUGUGCCUCAGAUGAAAGAACCAAUCGAAAAUUUUGAUCUAAACAAAGAACUUGAUCUUGACUUGGACGGUAAACUACAUGUGCUUUAUGGAGGAACCAAGGUAGUCCAAAACACGGCACCAUCAAAAGGAAGCGCCGGGUUAAGGGCUCAAGAUAAUGGAUGCGUUGCUUACGUGUUAAGAACGGGUUUCAAUACGUCGCAAGGAAAAUUAUUGAGAACCAUACUCUUCGGCGUGAAACGCGUAACCGCGAAUAAUUUGGAGACAUUUGGAUUUAUACUAUUCCUCUUAAUUUUCGCCAUUGCUGCCGCUGCAUACGUUUGGAUUAAGGGCUGCGAAGAUCCUGAAAGGAGUAGAUACAGACUAUUUCUAGAAUGUACUUUGAUUUUAACAUCGGUGAUUCCUCCAGAAUUGCCCAUUGAAUUGUCUCUUGCUGUGAAUACAAGUUUAUUGGCUUUAUCGAAGUUUGGAGUGUAUUGCACCGAACCUUUCAGGAUCCCAUUUGCUGGCAAAAUCGAUAUUUGUUGUUUCGAUAAAACUGGAACGUUGACAAGUGAUAACUUAGUUGUCGAGGGCGUGGCAAUGGCGAAAGGAAAUUCUAAAGUUACGCCUAUAACAGAAGCUCCCUUGGAAUCUUUACAAGUGAUGGCUACUUGCCAUUCUCUAGCGCAAUUGGAUGACGGUCUGGUUGGUGAUCCAUUGGAAAAGGCUACAUUAACUGCUAUUGAAUGGAACUUGACCAAGGGUGAACUGGUUGUUCCGAAAAAAGUAAAGUCGCCCAAUUUAAAAAUCGUUAGUCGUUUCCAUUUCUCUUCCGCUCUUAAGCGUAUGUCUGUAAUUGCAAGUUACAAUGUUCAAGGAUCGAUGGAUACAAUGUACAUGGUUACUGUUAAAGGGGCGCCAGAAACUUUGAAAUCGAUGUACAGCGAACUGCCUGAAAAUUACGAUGAGGUUUAUCUGGAACUUUCGAGGCGUGGCGCAAGAGUUCUAGCCUUGGGUCAAAGAGAUUUGGGUGCUAUAAAUUCUCAAGAUUUACGUAAUUUAACGCGCGAUGAUAUUGAAAAGGACUUGAAAUUUGCUGGAUUCGUUAUAAUCUCGUGUCCCCUGAAGACCGAUUCCAAGAACGUUAUUAAAGAAAUCAUAAGGGCUUCGCAUCGCGUUGUUAUGAUAACAGGAGACAAUCCUUUAACCGCUUGCCAUGUGGCAAAGGAAUUGAAGUUUAGUCAAAAGUCAAGCACAAUGAUCUUGACUGAAAUAAAUGGCGAAUGGUUGUGGGAAUCAAUUGAUCAAACGGAACAACUGGAAUUAAUGUCCCCUAAAUUAAAGUCGUACGAUCUGUGUAUAACAGGAGACGCACUUAACUAUCUAAGGGACAACGAACACGCAUUCCUAAAUAAAUUGCUACCUCAGAUAACAGUAUUUGCUAGAUUUGCACCAAAGCAAAAAGAAUAUGUAGUAGUAACCUUAAAGAAUCUGGGCUUCAACACGUUGAUGUGCGGAGACGGUACAAAUGAUGUUGGAGCUCUUAAACACGCUGACGUGGGUGUUGCUAUAUUGGCAAAUGCACCCGAGCGUAUGCCUGAAAAGAAAGACAAGAAAAAACUAGCUAAGGACCUAUCCGCGUCCGUUGUGACAAGCAGGAAUAAUCGUCGAGACCAACUUACUCAAUUGCAGAAGGCCAUCAAGGAAAUGGAAGAACAGGAUCAAGCUCAGAUUGUUAAACUUGGCGAUGCUAGUAUUGCAUCUCCUUUCACUAGUAAACUGUCUUCAAUUCUUUGCAUUUGCCAUAUUAUUAAACAGGGUAGAUGUACAUUAGUAACAACAUUGCAAAUGUUCAAAAUUUUAGCGUUGAACGCUCUAAUUCUUGCUUAUACACAAUCUGUUUUGUAUGUGGAUGACAUCAGAUUGAGAGAUACCCAAGCCACCCUGCAAGGACUUCUAUUAGCUGCUUGUUUCUUAUUCAUAUCUAGAUCAAAGCCUUUAGAAGUAUUGUCAAAACAACGCCCACUGCCAAAUAUAUUUAAUUUGUACACAAUAUUAACAGUUCUUCUGCAGUUCGCUGUUCAUUUUGUUUGUUUGAUAUUUCUGGUUCAACAAGCCAAACUUAGAGGUCCACCGGCAGAUCCGAACGUUAAAUUGAAAUUUUCCAGUGAUGAAGAAGAAGAUGAACUUUUCGAGCCAAAUAUUGUAAAUAGUACUGUGUACAUAAUUUCAAUGGCUUUGCAAAUUGCUACAUUUGCAAUUAAUUACAGGGGACAACCGUACAUGGAAAGCUUGGUUGCCAAUAAAGCUUUGCUUUAUAGUAUCUUGGGGUCAUCAUCUGUAGUGCUUCUACUUACAAUUGGCGCCGUGCCCGAGUUGUCGGCUCAAUUUGAAAUCAUAGAUUUCCCUAAUGAUUUCAAAAUGAUUUUACUUCAAGUGUUGUUUGCUGAUUUCUUCUUUUCUUACCUUGUGGAUAGAAUAUGUUUGUGGAUAUGUGGCGAAGGAAGAUUAUCCAGGAAAUUAAAUUAAUUUUGUUUUUUUUUUUCUCUAUAUUUUAUAUAAAUAAAUGUAGUUCAAAUUAUGUGUCCAACUAAUUUUUGAGAAUUUUAUGCCAUUCCAAAUUUUUGGUGGUUACAUAUAUUUUUAAAUUAUUUGUGUAAUUCUAUUGUAUUAAAACUGAUAAUAUAUGUGUAAAGCUAAUAAACUGUACUGUCUGUCUAUUCGAUGUAUUGGUAAUAACAUUUAACGGCGUACUAAU